UUUGACAUUUGUGUAUUAAUUUAGAGGUUAGAAAGGAGACUGGUCUUACUUUAAUAAAUAUUGAAUAAUAAUAUAACGCUAUGGCGUUAAAUAGACUUUUUGCUAGUUUAGCUAUUACUCCUGCAUUAAUAACCAGACGGUCUAUUCACGUAACUGCCAUCAAUUUUGCUAGCCAUCCCGAUAUUGUGAAACCCAAACCUGGCUUAGGCAAAAGUUAUAGAAGAAUUGUACAUUUUCCUGAAGAAUACACAGUAAAACCAUUAGAAGUUACCAACCUCGCUGGUAGAGACCCUGAAACCGGUCGUGUUGUAGCUAAAGGGAUUGGUGGUGGUAUCAAACACAAGUACCACUGGAUAGACUGGGUCCGAGAUGGUCCCACUGAAGGACCUCCACAAGAAGAGAAAGUUAUUCAGGUAAUGGAAGAUGGUUGCAGAACAGCCCAUAUAGCAUUAGUAGCUGUUGGUUCUAAGUUGAAGUACAUAUUGGCCACAGAAAACAUGAAAGCUGGAGACAUUAUCAAGACUUCUCGCCAUUUACCUAGGAUACCGGUGAGAGCGAAUGAAGGUGAUGCAUAUGUGUUAGGAGCCCUACCAGCUGGAACCAUUGUGCACUGCAUUGAAAAAGUACCAGGCCAAGGAGGACUGUUCAUACAUGCAGCAGGUACAUUUGGAACCAUCUUGAGGAAACAGGAUGACCGUGUCAUAGUACAAAUGCCAUCUAAAAGGAUGUUCAGUCUUGAUCAACACUGCAUGGCUGUUGUAGGUCGCCUUUCAAACAUAGACCAUGGAACCACCCCAAUUGGUUCUCCACAGCGCAAUAGAUGGCUAGGCAACAGACCACGAUCUGGUCUCUGGCAAAGGAAGUCUGGUCGCCAUGGAAGAAAAAUCAAACCACCAAAACCAGUCAAAGAAAUAACUGCAGCAGCCAAAGGCUCACUGCCUGCAGUCAGGAUGACCAUGUGCCCUUAAUUUAUAAUGUAGAAAUAAUAAACAAUAUUAGAUGUUAUUAA